AUGGCGAGCUCUACCCACACUGUUGCGGCCGCGAGUGACUCUGUCAAAACACCGAAGGCGCAUUGGCCACUCGCGUACUGCAUACAACCACAGAAAUCCAAGGCCUCGUCACUCCAAUCUUACGGCUUCUCAUCUACGCAAGCUGCACCAAAACGAUGGUGGAGCCACCGUCUCUAUCGAGGCCCUGGAGAUAAGGAGGUUGAUAUCCUCUACAGCAAGACCAAAGCGCAAUCUGAGAUCUAUGCAAAGCAAUUCCUUGAUGAGCCCGUCAUUGGAUUCGACAUGGAGUGGCCAUGGAAUGAUUGGAAAAAGAACGAUUUGCAGAACAAGAUUGGACUCAUUCAAAUUGCUACCGAGGACAAGAUCGCGUUAUUUCACAUUGGACUGCAUCCGGGCAAGACGAGCGAAGACAUCAUCGCGCCGACAUUAAAACGCAUCCUCGAGGAUCCUAAGAUUGGCAAGGUGGGUGUAAAUGUCUUGAAAGCGGACUUCGCCAGGUUGAGUCGCUUCUUCAGACUCGAACCCAAAGGCGCUGUCGAAUCGAGCCAUUUAUACCGCUUGGUGAAGUUUGGCCCUGGGAAACCGGAAUUGGUAUCUGUCAAGCUGGUGAGCUUGGCGCAUCAAGUUGAAGAGCAGCUCGGUCUGCCUCUGUUCAAGGGCGAUGUAAGAACGAGCAAUUGGAGCAAGCCAUUGUCAAAGGACCAGAUCAAUUACGCAGCUGGCGAUGCAUACGCGGGCUUCAUGCUUUACAGAUGUAUGAAUGCGAAGAGACUUGCCAUGAAGCCUACACCGCCAAUGCCGAUUCACGCAGAGAAGUACCCGAGUGGGAAAGCGUCGAGAGACGAUCCGAUAUUGUUGGACGUCGGAGACGGUACCACCAUCACGACAGAAGCCUUCUUCGGUGUCAAACCCGCGAAGAGUGGUACGAUAGGAACCAACUCCAAAGUACCGAAGAAGGUACAAACUAAGAAAACCGGUGCACAGUCUCUCGAUCACCUCUCACAGGCACUAUACGAAGAGCUAGCUACUCGUCGAGCGUCUCUAGCUGAAACUAGAAAGAUACCGCCAUACCGCGUCAUCUCCGAUAUCUUGCUAGAGUCAGUUGCUCGUGCGCAGCCUUGCGAUACCGAAGCUUUACUUGCAGUAAAGGGUAUCGGAAAGGUCCAACAGGCCAAGUACGGUGACGACUGGCUUGAGGUCAUUUCGCUUUUCCUCACCACGAACGGUAUCGAGCAGCCAAUGAAAACAGCAAAGUCCGUACCAUCCAAGCCUGAUACCCAGCUGCCACAUACACCUCAUCGCUCAAAGACACGAAGAGAAGCUGAAAUUGAUACCUCUUCAGACUCCUCUCCAGCUUUCGACACUGCACCUCCCAGAACACCUCAACUAUGCACCGGCCUAUCUUUCGGAAUGGCAGGAACAAAACUCGACGUGGACGAAAACAGCAACAAAUCCGAUGACAGCACCUCCUCCUAUGAUUCGGAAGAUUCACUCCCAUCCCUAGACUUUGGCAGCCCAAGCCGACGGCGUGUAAGCUCUGGCACAAAACGCAAACGCGCCGAGAGUCCAGUAAAAAGCGAGAUGGAACAGACACCUCAGCCGUUGCCAACACCUUUGAAGCAGAAAGCAGGUUCGACGCAACAACCAUCGUUGAAUCACGCCCUUGCCAUCACGAGUACAGCUCCCGCUUCAGCCUCGACCUCUGCGCCAUUUGCAACACAAAGCGCAUCACUAUCUCCUGGCUCACGUAUCGCUCGUUCAAAGCUUUUAGCCUUCAGCAGACUCGUAACGCGGAAACUUAAUCCUGCACGGCCCGCUGCUGCCCCGCCCAUCGUUACAGAGCACACGCUAGACUUAAUCAUAAGAGCAAGACCGCAAAUUCAAGAUGACUUGGAGCGUAUACCAGGAAUAGAUACAUUACUUUUGGCUUGUGAGAAGUCAGGUACGGACCUGUUGAAGAACGUAGUCAAGUUUGUGCCACCGCGGCCAUGA